AUCGUUUCUAUUAGUUCCCGCCCAGUGUGACAGAAUUACCGGUAAGAGUACAAUUAAUCUAUAGUUAAAAUGUAUAUUAAAGUAAGAAAAGACGGCGAUGCAAAUCAAGAAUGGAUCGUAGAAAUAUCAAAAAAAGAUUCAGUCCUUACAAUUCAUAACAAACUUGAAAAAUUAACUGGAUUUAAGACCGAAGAGCAAACUUUACUUUUUAAAGGAAAAACUUUAGAAUUCAAUGUGCCAAUAUUAGAUUAUCAAAUCGAAAACAACAAUGUCGUUCAAAUGUUCAUCAAAUCUCCAAAAAGAAAUGAAUCAAAACCAGUAGAAAUUAGUUAUAACAAUAUCGACGAAGACUUCAUCGAUAUUGAGAGUCAGUAUUACAAAGUUGGUGAUUUCAUUGAUGUAAUGAUACAAGAUGAUGGAAGCUGGUAUGAAGCUCAUUUAACUAAAAUAUUUAUUAGAAAUGAAGGUUCAAGUAGUAGUAUCAACAAUGUUGUUGAUGAAAAGGAUUUAACAUUUAGAGUCAAAAGUGCAUCUCAUAUUGUUCCUGGAUUUGAAACUGAUGCAAACUUCAAGGAUAUUAGACCUAGGUCUUACUAUAUUUAUAAGUUAAAUGAAUUAUCUCCAGAAAUGAUAGUUUUGGCAAAUUACAAUAUGGAAGAAAAAAAAUCUAGAGGUCUUUGGUACAAUUUUAAAAUUGACAAAGUUAGUAGGACUAAUGUAAUAGGAACUGUACUGCUUGGUGGAGACAAAGCACCACUUGAAAAUUGUACUCUUCAUUUCAUUAAUGAAAUAAUGAGAAUUGAGGAACCAGUUUUAUUAAGUCAAAUUACCAAAAAAGAAAAAACAUCUCCUCAUACUGAAAAAACUAAAAGAAAGUACCCUUAUCGUUGUGUAAGCUGUAAAGAUAAUGAGAAGAUGAAAUGUCGAAAUUGUGGCUGUAAAAUAUGUCAUGGCAAGGAAAAUUGGGAAAGUAUUAUACUAUGUGAUGAAUGUGAUGAUGAAUAUCACAUAUAUUGUCUAAAACCUCCCUUAACUGAAGUUCCAUCUGAAGACUGGUAUUGUCCCUCUUGCAAAGUUGAUGAUUCGAAAAUUGUUAAAAGAGGUGAAAAAGUAAAAUUGAGUAAAAAACGUGCUAAUAUGGCUAGUAAAACCACAACGUGCACAAGAGAUUGGGGUAGAGGAAUGGCUUGCGCUGGCAGAACAAAACAAUGCACAGUUGUACCGAAGGAUCACUUUGGACCAAUUCCAGGUGUGGAUGUUGGAACAAGAUGGAGAUUUCGCAUUCAAGUGUCUGAAGCAGGUGUCCACCGCCCACACGUUAGUGGGAUACAUGGUUCAGGGAAUAAAGGAGCUACUUCAAUAGUUUUGAGUGGAGGAUAUGCAGACGAUUUGGAUAAUGGGAACGAAUUCAUUUAUUCAGGAAGUGGAGGGAGAGACUUAUCGGGCAAUAAAAGGAUAAAUAUUCAAACUUCUGAUCAAGAAUUAACUCGUGCUAAUAAAGCACUGGCAUUAAAUUGUAAUGCUCCAUUCAAUGAAAAAGGGGCUGAAGCAAAAGAUUGGAGAAAAGGCCUACCAUUAAGAGUAGUAAGAAGUUAUAAAGGUAAAGAACUUUCAAAAUAUUGUCCAGAUGAAGGAUUACGUUACGAUGGUAUAUAUAAAGUGGUUAAAUAUUACCCAGAUAAAAACGAAUCUGGUUUAAUUGUUUAUAAAUAUGUGAUUAGAAGAGACGAUCCUAAUCCUGCGCCUUGGGAAACUGGGGGACAGGAAUUGGACGUUAUUUAUCCUGAAGGAUAUUUAGAAGCGCAAGCAUUAAAAGAGAAAGGUAAAGAACUAAAAACUGGGAAAGGAGUAAAACGCAAAACAAAUACUACCGUUUUAACUGAUCUUUCAAAUGUGAAAAAAAAAUCGAAAAAAUCAUAUGAAUUACCUGAUGAAAUUGAAGAGUUGAUAAAAAAUGAUGUUCAAAAUGCAAAAUUGUGGUUGGAAUGUAAAGAAGAACAGAAAAACGGCAAACCAGAUUAUCUAGCAAAAGUCGAAGAAGUCUUUAAAUGUAUUUGCUGCCAAGAAAUUGUCUAUGAGCCUAUCACAACUGAAUGCAAACAUAAUUUCUGCCAGGAAUGUUUGAAGAGAGCUUUUAAGUUGGAACUCUAUACAUGUCCUUGCUGUAGGUUCGACUUAGGAAAAGAUUAUAAACUUAUAGUCAAUUUGAAUCUGAGUAAAGCUUUAAAAUUGUUAUUUCCAGGAUACGGAAGCAGAUAGUAUUUUUUUAGUUGUAAUGUUUCUUUUUUAAGCAGAGACUUGUAUUUUUUUAAUGUAAUGUUUUCGUUUGUAAACAAAAGACUUUUUUUAAUUAAAAUAAUCAUUUUAACAAAACAAA